GCCGUGUCGCCGAGCAGCGAGUGCCCGGGAUCCCGGAGGAGCCGCCAGCGCCGCGCCUCGGCAGCUGGGGCAGGGUCGCCGUCGGGAAGCCCCAGCGCCGGGUCCCCUGCUCAGCAUGAUGGACUUGGAGCUACCGCCGUCGGGACUGCAGUCCCAGCAGGACAUGGAUUUGAUUGACAUACUUUGGAGGCAAGAUAUAGAUCUUGGGGUAAGUCGAGACGUAUUUGACUUCAGUCAGCGACAGAAGGAGUAUGAGCUGGAAAAACAGAAACAACUUGAAAAGGAAAGACAAGAGCAACUCCAAAAGGAGCAAGAGAAAGCCUUUUUCGCUCAGUUACAACUAGAUGAAGAGACAGGUGAAAUCCUCCCAAUUCAGCCAGCCCAGCACAUCCAGUCAGAAACCAGUGGAUCUGCCAACUACUCCCAGGUUGCCCACAUUCCCAAACCAGAUGCUCUGUACUUUGAUGACUGCAUGCAGCUUUUGGCAGAGACAUUCCCAUUUGUAGAUGACAAUGAGGUUUCUUCAGCUACGUUUCAGUCACUGGUUCCUGAUACUCCCAGCCACGUCGAGAGCCCAGUCUUCACUGCACCUAAUCAGGCUCAGACACCUGAAACUUCUUUUGUUCAGGUAGCUGUUGCUGAUUUAAACAAUAUGGAACAGAACAUUGAGCAAAUUUGGGAGGAACUAUUAUCCAUUCCAGAAUUACAGUGUCUUAAUAUUGAAAAGGACAAGCUGGUUGAGACUACCACGGUUCCAAGUGCAGAAGUCAAACUGACAGAAAUUGACAACAAUUAUCAUUUCUACUCGUCGGCUCCCUCACUGGAAAAAGACGAUAACUGCAGUGCGCAUUUUCUCAGUGCUUUUGAGGAUUCCUUCGGCAGCAUCCUCUCCACAGAUGACCCCACCCAGCUGAGCAUGAACUCGUUGAAUUCAGAUGCCACAUUAAACACAGAUUUUGGUGAUGAAUUUUAUGCUGCCUUCAUAGCUGAACCCAGUGUCAGCAACAGCAUGUCCUCCUCUGCUCCCAUCAGCCAGUCACUCUCUGAACUUCUAAAUGGACCUAUUGAUGUUUCUGACCUAUCCCUUUGUAAAGCUUUUAACCAGAACCACCCCGAAAACACAGAAUUCGCCGACUCUGACUCUGGCAUUUCACUGAACACAAGUCCCAGCAUGGCAUCACCAGAACACUCAGUGGAAUCUUCUAUCUGUGGAGACACACCACUUGGCUUCAGUGAUUCUGAAAUGGAAGAACUAGACAGUACCCAUGGGGUUGUCAAACAGAAUGCUUCUAAAACACAGCCAAUACAUUCUUCUGGGGAUACAGUACAACCCCUGUCACCAUCUGGGGGGUACAGUGCUCCAGUGCACAAUUCCCAAUGUGAAAACACACCAAAGAAAGAAACGCCUGGGAGUCCCGGUCCUCGAAAAACCCCAUUCACAAAAGACAAACAUUCAGGCCGCUUGGAGGCCCAUCUCACAAGAGAUGAACUUAGGGCAAAAGCUCUUCAUAUCCCAUUCCCUGUAGAGAAAAUCAUUAACCUCCCUGUCGAUGACUUCAAUGAAAUGAUGUCCAAGGAGCAAUUCAACGAAGCACAACUUGCAUUAAUUCGCGAUAUACGUAGGAGAGGUAAGAAUAAAGUGGCUGCUCAGAAUUGCAGAAAAAGGAAACUGGAAAAUAUAGUAGAACUGGAGCAAGAUUUAGAUCACUUAAAAGAUGAAAAAGAAAAAUUGCUCAAAGAAAAAGGAGAGAAUGACAAAAGCCUCCACCUCCUUAAGAAGCAACUCAGCACCUUGUAUCUGGAAGUCUUCAGCAUGUUACGGGAUGAGCACGGGAAGCCGUACUCGCCUAGUGAGUACUCCCUGCAGCAGACGAGAGAUGGCAAUGUAUUCCUUGUUCCCAAAAGUAAGAAGCCAGAUGUCAAACACUAGAGAGGGAGAAUUUGGCCUUUUCUGAGCUAGUGUUGUUUGUACUGUCCUACUAAAAGCUCCUACUAUGAUGUGAAAUGCAGAAAUAUACUUUAUAAGUAAUUCUAUGCAAAAUUAUAGCCAAAACUAGUAUAGAAAAUACUAUGAAACUUUUUAAAGCAUUAAAAUAUCAAUGUUGAAUCAGCAGUUUCACUUUAACUGUAAAGUUAAUUUUUUAGGACACCAUUUGGAUUAGUAGCUUCUGUGUAAGUGUAAAUACUACAAAAACUUAUUUAUACUGUUCUUAUCUCAUUUGUUACAUUCAUAGAUUUGUAUGAUGAUAAUAUGACAUCUGGCUAAAAGUAAAUUGGUGCAAAACUAACCACUAUGUACUUUUUAAUAAAUACUGUAUGAACAAAAAAAUGGCAUUUUUAUAUUAAAUUGUUCAGCUGUGGCAAAAAUAAUUAAAGAGGUUGUACUAAUAAAGGCAUAUUGUGACUGUUGAA